AUGUUACAAAGGGCGGCUAGCAAUGCGUUUUCAUGGUGGUGGGCUAGCCACAUUCGAACCAAGCAGUCGAAAUGGCUGGAACAAAGCCUUAUAGAUAUGGAAUACAAGGUUGAAAACGCACUGAACAUUAUUCAAAAAGAUGGAGAUUCAUUUGGUAAAAGAGCAGAAAUGUAUUACCGACACCGACCAGAUCUAAUAUGUUUCGUAGAAGAAACAUUUCGGGCUUACCGAUCAUUAGCGGAACGUUAUGAUAAAAUGUCAAAGGACCUUCAAAAAGCCAACACGACCAUUGCUUCAAUCUUCCCAGAUCAAGUCUCGUAUGAUGAUUUUGAUGAUUUCGAUAGUCCUCCUAACAUACCCAAAACCCUACCCCCUCAAAAUCAAGGUCCAAAUGCAGCAAAUAUUCCAAAAGUCCCACAACUUCCGAGUAAGAAUUUGAAGGGUCUCAUCAGCAACGCGUCAAAGAAAAUACAAAUGACAAAAGCGUUCAAAGAAGAUCACCGAAGCCGUAUUGUACCAAAGUCCGGUUUGACAGAAGAACAAGCACUUGAAGAGAUUGAUAAGAUCCAAAAAGAUAUACUUGCGAUGCAAACGAUGAAGGAGUUCACCAAGAGCGAGUAUGAAAACGGGCUUUCAAAGUUUUGGGAGCUCGAGAACAAGAUUAACACAAAGCAACAAAAGAUUUGCAGAUUAGAAGAUGAGUUUAAAGUUAUGAGAGUUAUUGAAGAUGGUGAUGCUCGAACUGUAAUGGCACAAGCUGCAUUGAAGUCAUGUAAAGAUACAUUAGAGAAGUUAGAGGAGAAACGUGAAAAUUCUAACCAAGCCGCUAAGUUGGAGCAUGAGAGAAUUGUGGAUGCGAAGAAAAAGUUCAAAGCGCUGAAACGUAAACUUCUCCCAAAGGAAGUUGAUGAAUCAGAAAAAGAUGAUAGAGGGGAUUCAAAGAUUUCGAAUGAAGACAACGAGAAGGAGGUUAUGGAGAAGAUUAAAGAAGGAUUACAUGAGCAAUCAAAUAACCCUGUAACGAUUUCUGGAUUGGCAUAUACAAUUGACAAGCUUGCGAACAAGGUGAUUGGGUUAGAGAGUACAGUUUCAUCUCAAACUGCAUAUAUAGAUAAGUUAAGAAUUUACACAGGUGAACUUCUAACACAAAUUCAAAACAUGGAAGCUGAUAAAGGUUCAGAUGAGGUACAAAUGCGUAAGAAGUUGACAAAUAUCGAAAAAAAGUUGCAUGCAGUUGAGGAUUUAGAGAAGGAUGCUGAGAAGCAAAACAGCAGUUUGAAAACUUUUUUUUUUGAAUCUCGUUGCAACAUUGAUUAUCUCACCGAGAAGCUUCAUGAUGUUCAGCCAGAUGAUGAGGUCGAGGUGUAUUCUCCUGCUGCAGAAGAAGCGAAUUCGAUGUCAGAUGAUGGUUUUGUAGAACAGGAAACAUUAAGCUCAGAAGAGGAUGUUUUCGAAGAGACAGAAAUUCCAAACAACAGCAAUGAUGAUGGGGUCAUGAAUGCAAGUAUUACUAAAAAGAAAGUUGGAACAAAUGAUGAUUAUGGGGUUACGAAUGCGAAUACUAAGAAAACGAACGAUGACAUUGUCAAGAAUGUUGAUGUUAAAAAACCGGAGGCAAAGAUCGAAGAAAGAAGCGUUCAUGGGAAUGAGGACGUGUUAAAAAACUCGGUUAGUAGAAAGGAAACAAGAGAUAAUACAACGGAAAACCUGGAAGAAUCGAAUGAUGAAUCUCAAAAGAAUCCAUUAAAAGAAUACACGAGAACGUUCAAAAACUACAAGGAAACAAAGAAGAAACUAAGUGAAGAAGAGAAGAACAAACAAAGAACCCUAUUCGAACUGAUAGUGUUAGUAAGAGAAUUGAAAACGGGCAUGGUGAAAAAGGACAGUGAGAUUCAAAUGCUAAAACAGAAGCUUAAACAGCUUCAAGACGACGUAGGCAAACAAAACGAAGAAAAUUGGCAAGAAGUGAAACAAGAUGAUGUACAACAAGAUAAAGAUGAUGACGAGAUUAUUCUUUCAAUUGAUGAGGUUGAAACAUUUUCAGAAAUUGAAAUGAAGUUAAGAGCAGAUAUAGAUGCAAUACUUGACGAGAAUCUUGAUUUCUGGAUGAGAUUCAGCACUCAGUUCCAUCAAGUACAGAAAUUUAAAACGGAGGUAGAAGAUUUAAAGGGAGAGAUAGGUAAAGUCAAGGCCAAAAAAAUCGACACUAAAGCGCUCGAGGGAAAGUCGAGUGAAUCAAUGUUCACAACAGAUUUAAGAUCAGAUAUUAGACCGAUAUACAGACACCUAAAAGAGAUACAAAGUGAACUUACAAUGUGGAUAGAACAAGCCGAUCAUUUGAGACAUGAACUACAAACGAGAUGCACUUCAUUGACCAACAUCCAAGAAGAAAUAACAAUGGCUUUAAAGGAAGGUAUGUUAGAGGAUGAAAUCAAGUUUAGUACCCAUCAAGCUGCAAAGUUUCAAGGUGAAAUAUUGAAUAUGGAACAAGAAAACAACAGAGUUAAUGAAGAACUUGAAGCAGGGUUAGAUCAUGUAAGGGCCCUACAUCUUGAAACAAAGAAAACUUUGCGAAAGUUGGAAGAUGAAUUUGGGCUUUCAGAUGGUCAAAACCCAUAUCGACAAAGUACAGCGCCACAGCCAAGUGGACCAGGAAUACCCUUGCGCUCAUUUAUUUUCGGGGUUAAAGCAAAGAAGCAAAAGCCGUCGAUUUUUGGAGGUAGAAAUCAAAGGAAAGCCCCCACAGGAAAGAGUGGGGUUAAGUAA